CGCAUUCUUGGAGGAUUAGGCGUUGUUGUUGUUCGGUGGUUGUGAAUCAAAAUAAGAAUAAAUAAGUGGCUCAAUAUUCGCUAAGACUACAUAUAAUCCCUUAGUGAUAAGUGGAAUUAAAAUCGCUAAUUAACCACACUUUUAGCAAGUGCAAAGAUGGGUUGUGCCGAGAGCAAAGACGGGGAAGGGGAGGCUGGAAACAAUAGGCCUAAAUACCGGUCCUGUACGGACACCUGCUGGCUGGCUAUUUACAUUAUUUUCUGGUUGUUUUUGAUUGUGAUAGCGAUAUUUUCGUUUGUUUACGGCAAUCCCUUGCGUAUCAUCAAUGGCUACGACUCCUUUGGAAACACCUGUGGCGUCAAACACAACGAAAAGUUCCAGGGCUUUCCGCUGUCCGGCAUGAACACUCUUGACAAGCCGCAACUGUUUUAUUUUGACGUCAAGGAGUUGAAGAAAUCGCUAAAGAUAUGCGUCAAGACCUGUCCCUCCAAAACCAUGACUACGGGCAGUGAAUUGCUGGAGUAUUACACCAAGACAGGCACCCAGCUCUGCAAAUACGAUUACAACAUGCAGCAACUGGCUGCGGUUAGGGAGGACAAGAGCGUCUUGAAUUUCCUGGGCCCCUGUCCCAGCCUUCCGGUUUACGAGAGCAACCCAAUUUUGCAUCGUUGUGUGCCCAAAGGGACUGGUGAAAAGUUCCAAGACUUCUACGACAUGCUCAACAACUGGGAUGUGGCCCAGCAGUUCAUAGGGGAUGUCUAUUCCUCCUGGCACAUUAUUGCCAUGGUGUGCGGCCUUGCCUUGCUUAUUUCCAUUGCUUUGGUGACCAUGAUGCACUGGCUCUCGCGUGUCGUUUCCUGGAUCAUCUGCGUCUUGGUUAUAGUGGCUAGCGUUGGACUUGCUGGUGCUCUGUGGUAUGCCUACUAUAACAUUCGUUACAAGUCGGGUAUUAAUGUACAGUACACGCGUCUGGAGGAGUUUGUCCGCAAUCAGGAUGCGGUUUUAACCCUUGCUGUGUUGGCCACCAUAACUAUGAUAAUUCUCAUUGUGAUCAUAUACUUCUUGAAGAACAAACUGGCCGGCUUGUCAGCUUUGUUCGAGGAAGCUGGCCAGUGUAUGAUGAAUCUCCCAGGACUCCUGAUCGCUCCGCUACUAGCCUUCAUCGUUUUGAUAGCGUUUUUGAGCUUCUGGGUCGUGGUGGUCAUAUGUCUGGCCACAGCCAGCUCACCCGGUCAGAGUCCCAUAGCUCCAUUUGACAAUUCGGCGGCACAUCAGCAGCCGUUGCCUACGAAUGCGGUGUUUGUGGCGAACAGUACCAGUAUUAACCAUCAAAGGACCGUUUCACGCGUAGAGUAUGCCGAUGCCGGAGCCUUGCGCAGCAUGUUCUGGAUUUAUGUCGUGGGUCUCAUUUGGACGGUGGAGUUCAUAUUCGCUUGCCAGCAGUUUGCCCUGGCUGCUGCCGUUGCCUUCUGGUACUUUGGCAAGCCCACAACCACACCGACUAUCUAUGCCAUUGGCAAGCUGAUCAAAUAUCAUCUGGGCACAGUGGCCAAGGGGUCGUUUGUGAUCACCAUUUUCAAGAUUCCUCGCUUGAUACUCACGUACUUGUAUGCUAAACUGAAGAAGGGCGAGGAUAAGGGCUCUGAGUGCGCCGCCUGCUGCUUGAAGUGCUGCAUUUGUGGCUUCUGGCUGCUGGAGAAAUUUAUUCGCUUCCUCAACCACAACGCCUACACUGUUGUUGCCAUCGAGUCCAUUAACUUUUGUCCAGCCGCAGGCAUUGCUUGGAAUGCCAUGGCCACGAAUGUCUUGCAAGUGGCUACCAUCAACAGCGUCGGCGACUUCAUCCUCUUAGGAAAAGUUGUGGUGGCUGCCCUCUGCGGCCUGAUUGGUAUUAUUAUGCUCAAGGAUAUGCCCGGUCUGAAUUUCUACAUGGCUCCCGUCAUCCUCAUCAUAAUAUUCUCCUUCUUUAUUGCUCACAUUAUUCUAUCGCUGUUUGAGAUGGUGGUGGACACCCUCUUCCUGUGCGUCUGUGAGGACAAGACCAUCAAUGGUCGCGCUGGACGCUGGGCGCAGAGUAAUCUAGCCAAGCUGGUGGGCGAAGAACCGCUACAGCCCGGCGAGGAGCCACCCAUUCAGGUUGUAGAGAUGAUGCCCAUCAACAAGCAGCCAUUCAGUAUUACACGACUCCCUCCCUCCGAUCCCGAGGUGGCUCCCAUGUCGCCAGAGUAGCUUUAACAGCCACAGCUAGAAUCGAAACUCAACGCACAUCUCAUUCUAGGAUGCUAAUAUUUAUAUAUAUGUAUAACCGUAACUCCGUCGCGACGUACAAAAAGCAGACCAGUAAUCUUGUCUAUAUUGAUAUUCAAACUUAGGAUGCACAGUUUGUAAAAGUAUUUAUAAAGUUUGUAAUCGUUUUUGUAUCUAAAUGUAUUUUAAACCUUUUUCACA